GAACAGAAAACAAACAGUUUGAAACAUAUAUCUAUUUCAUUUUAAGUGUACACUUAUUUAGAGAGUUCAGGAACAGAAAACAAACGGCAUGUGUGUAACCCGGUGAGCAACUCGAAACAACUCUUGCAAGCUCUUGGAGCAAAUCCAGCAAAUCGAGCAAACCGAGGGAAAGGCAAAGGGGAAAAGUUGACAGGACAUAACGGAGGAUUUACAUUGCGUAUUAUGGCUGACUUUAUGUCCGAUGUUCAAUAGAAGAAUUUUUUAGGAAUCAAAGCUGGUGAUGGGAGAGAGAAAUUGGAAAGAUUGGAGACCUUUCGUGUACGGAGGUUUAGCUUCAAUUUUUGCAGAACUGUGUACUUUUCCCUUAGAUACGACAAAAACACGGUUGCAAGUACAAGGCCAGAAGUAUGAUCAAAAACUUGCACGUUUAAGAUAUACUGGCAUGACUGAUGCUUUAUUACAAAUAUCUAAACAAGAAGGAAUAAAAGGUUUAUAUUCUGGGAUUAGUUCUGCGAUCUUACGACAAGCGACAUAUGGAACUAUAAAGUUUGGGACUUAUUAUUCACUUAAGAAAGCUGCAAUUGAUACAUGGGCAACAGAGGAUUUAGUCACAAUAAAUAUUGUUUGUGCAGCAUUAGCUGGAGCUAUAUCAAGUGCGAUUGCCAAUCCCACUGAUGUAGUAAAAGUUCGUAUGCAAGUCACGGGCAAUGAAACAAAUGUAUCUCUGUUUACUUGCUUCCAAGAUGUAUACAGAUAUGAAGGUGUUCGCGGACUUUGGAGGGGUGUUGGGCCAACUGCUCAACGAGCAGCCGUUAUCGCGGCUGUAGAAUUACCUAUAUAUGAUUAUACCAAGAGUAAAUGUAUGAAUGUAUUGGGAAACAGUGUUAGUAAUCAUUUCGUAUCUAGUUUUAUAGCUAGUAUGGGAAGUGCCGUAGCUUCAACGCCUAUCGACGUAAUUCGUACCCGAUUGAUGAAUCAAAGGAGAGUGCACAUAGCUGGCAAUAAGCUUUCAUCGUACAUUUACAGUGGCAGUCUAGAUUGUUUACUUCAGACGAUUAAAAAUGAAGGCAUUUUAGCACUAUACAAAGGUUUUAUCCCAACGUGGUUCAGAAUGGGACCGUGGAAUAUUAUAUUUUUUAUUACUUAUGAACAAUUAAAACAGUUGUGAUGCAUCGUCGACUAUUGCUGAAUAUUCAAGUUCUUCAUGAUAAGGUCCGCAAAUAUAUUUUACCGUAAAUUUUAGUAUAUUAUGUAUCUAACAUUGCUAUUUGAUAAUCUCGAUUGUUAAUUGUGAAAGUGACUAUUAAUUAGUUAAUGCGCACAAAAUAAGUAAUACUUAAACUACACAAAUUAGACACGGCACUUUUCAACGUUAAUGUUAUUGUAGAAAUAGAUAUAAGAAAAAGAAAGUAAUCAGAAAAUUUCAAGAGCUUCCUAAAGUACAAGCUUCCAUAAAUGUUUUUAGUUGGUAAAGACUUCUCAGAGUUAUACAUUUAUACUACUAUACAGUUACACAUUCAUGCACUAUUGCAUAUAAAUAUAUUACUUUGAAUAUCUUGAAAUUUUUACACAUAAAUUCGACUCUGCACAGAAAGCUUUGUUUUUAAAUUAAAAUCAGUAAUGAACAUUUUAUAAAGUGUUGAAAUAUCAUAUGUAGAAACAAAAGUUUAAAGUUCCUGUUUGAUUUAUCAUAAUGUUUUGUAUCAUACUAGUCAUUGUUAUCUACAUGAAUAUAAUAAUGAAUCACUUUACUUCAGUAUUUUUAUAUAGCAUUUAUUAUCAUAUUUUUGGCAUACAUGCUAGUCACUUUAUAAGAGAUUCUUGUAAAAUUAAUAUAAGAUAUAGAAUUGUUAGAAAAUCUGCUUAUUAAUUUUGUGAAUAAUAUUAAUAUUGUAUAUUUCCAAAUGGCCAAUUUAAUUAAAUCUUAAUUCUUUUAAAAUUUUAA